CAUUAACGGGACACUCCGUGUCCUCAGGACAUUUAAUGGAUAUAAAGAGAAGAGUAUUAGAGUCAGAGGCCUGUUUGAAUGCUAGAGGUAUCUCUGCCAUUGCUACAAACCAAGAACAACAAUGAAAUCUUUGCUCUCUGUGUGUUUGUUAACGGUUGGCCUCUGCGCUAUCAGUCAUGGCCAUCACAUCAAUGGCCAUGAUAAUACAAGUGUUGCAGCUACCAAGAUCUAUACCAACACCGCUCAGUUUGGGCUGAACAUGUUGCAUCAGAUUUCUUCAGCAUCACCUGGCAAGAAUGUUUUCUUCUCGCCCCUCAUAAUCUCUUCUGCCUUAUCUGUCCUGUCAAUGGGGGCAAGAUCAACUACCCACACUCAGAUUCUGGAGGGGCUCACCUUUAAUCUGACAGAAAUCCAGGAAAAAGAAAUUCAUGAUGGGUUUCAUAACCUCUUUUCUGUGCUGACUAACCCUACCAAUAAGGUCAAACUCGAUAUCGGUCAGGCUCUGUUUGUGAAAGAUGACCAAAAACCAUUACAGACAUUUUUGGAUGCUGUCCAUGCCUCAUAUGAAGCAGAUGUGUUAUCAGCAAAAUUCCAGGAGCCCACAGAAGCUGAAAAGCAAAUCAAUGAAUAUGUGGAGAAGAAAACCCAUGGGAAAAUUCCACAACUGGUCAAGGGUCUCGAUCCAGACACUGCAAUAGUUAUAGUGAACUACAUAUUCUUUAAAGGCAACUGGGAGAAGCCUUUUGAUCCAGAGAUGACAAGAGAAAGGGACUUCAAAGUGGAUGAUAAAACAACUGUCAAAGUACCAAUGAUGCAGAGAAUGGGUUGGUUUCACUACUAUUUUGAUCAUGAGCUGUUCUGCACAGUGGUACGAAUGCAGUAUAAUGGCACUGCUACCUCAUUUUUCAUUCUACCUGAUGCUGGGAAGAUCAAUGAAUUGGAGAAGGCAAUUUCACUUGAUGUUUUGUCCAAAUGGGCUGAACGUGUUCACCGUGGCACAGCACAUGUACAUCUUCCAAAGUUUAAUAUUUCUGCCAGCCAUGACCUAAAAGGUCCCCUCACCAACCUGGGCAUUGCUGAUAUGUUCUCUGACCGUGCUGAUCUGUCUGGAAUCACUGGGCAAGCUUUGAAAGUAUCAAAAGUUACCCAUAAAGCUGUGUUGACUAUUGAUGAGAGAGGUACCGAGGCUGCUGCAGCCACCGCAGUAGAAGCCAUUCCUAUGUCUCUGCCUCCGACCAUUAUGUUCAACGAACCUUUUCUGAUGCUGAUAUAUGAUCAAGUUACCAACAGUACACUUUUUAUGGGCAAAAUAGUAAACCCUACUGAGUCUUAAGCAAUAAAGUACAAUUUUGAAUGCAGCAUUCCAAUAAACAAGACUUUGCAACCUG